GCCGGCCGGAUGAGUUCGUACUUCGUGAACCCGCUGUACUCCAAGUACAAGGCGGCGGCCGCAGCCGCGGCGGCUGCAGCAGCGGCGGCGGGCGAGGCUAUCAAUCCCACGUACUACGACUGUCAUUUCGCUCCCGAGGUUAGCAGCCGCCACGCCGCCGCCUUGCAGCUCUAUGGCAACAGCGCCGCUGGCUUCCCGCAGGCGCACGCGCACCCGCACCGGUCGCCGCCGCCCGGGUGCGGCGGAGGGGGCGGCCCGGCCCCAGGCCCCAGCCAGGACUACUUCCACCCCAGCGGGGUCAGCCCGGCCGCUGCCUACCAGGCCGCCCCACCUCCUCCUCCGCACCCUCCGCCUCCGCCGCCGCCUCCCCCCUGCGGCGGGAUUGCCUGUCACCGGGAGCCAGCGAAGUUUUACGGAUACGAUAACUUACAGAGACAGCCGAUUUUUACGACCCAGCAAGAGGCCGAGCUGGUACAAUAUCCUGACUGUAAAUCGUCCAGUGGUAAUAUUGGCGAGGACCCAGACCACUUAAAUCAGAGCUCGUCUCCUUCUCAAAUGUUUCCCUGGAUGAGACCACAAGCAGCUCCUGGUAGACGACGGGGAAGACAAACCUACAGUCGCUUCCAAACCUUAGAGCUGGAAAAGGAAUUCCUUUUUAACCCUUAUCUGACCAGGAAGAGAAGAAUCGAGGUUUCCCACGCCCUGGCCCUCACGGAGAGACAGGUAAAAAUAUGGUUCCAGAACAGGAGAAUGAAAUGGAAAAAGGAAAACAACAAGGACAAAUUUCCCGUUUCCCGGCAGGAGGCAAAGGACGGGGAAACCAAAGAGGAAGUCCAGGAUUUGGAGGAAGACAGAGCUGAAGGCCCAACAGAUUAACUUCUACCUUUUAAAUUUUUAUCACAGACUAUUAAAACUAAUGAUCAGCGUGUGCUGGUGGACACCACCUUUUUUUUUUUUUUUCUUUUCUUUUUUGGAAAGGACUUUACCUGUGUUUCAAGCUACCUUAAUGUUGCUGCUCUUGAGGUUUCUGCGAUUUGAGAGGGGUUUGGGUGUUUUUUAAAAGUUUCUAAUUUGUCAUAGAAGCCUGAGCUGUCCUAUGGAAGAGUAAUUUGAUACCUUGUAGCUAUAUUUUUAUAAUGGUAGUUUUUAAUGUCUGAGCUGGUGAUUUGCCUCAACAACAAAUUUCCUAAUGAUUAGCACUAAAUAAUUAAAUCUGAAAUGCUUUAUUAAUCAAACAAGUGCACUUGAACAUUUAAAAUCUUUAUAGUGAGUAAAUUAAGUCUAUUAAUUUUUUAAAAAAUUAUGCCUGGAGAAUAUUUACUUUAUAUUAUUUGAUUAAAAUGUUUUAUUUAUAUUUUUCUUUCUGCCCUUGGUUUACUUCUAAAGGGUUUCUUUGAGCAUUUUGUAAAUGUAGUAUGUCAGGGAAAAGUCUGGGCCAAAUAUUCUUAAAGCACAUGGUAGCUGGAGUGUAAUGUAUUGCCUUGGCUCUUGGUCUUCCUUUAUCUUUGAGAAAAUGCUGUGCCAGUGACGGGAGUUUCAGGAUAAUGUUGAAAUUGACAUUUAGUCAUGUUUCUGUAGUCCAUACAAAUUAUGCAAUUAAAUAAUCUAGAGAAUUAAUAUUUGAAAAAGCAAUUAGAACAUUUUCAUUAACUUUUUUCAUUGGCAAGAUGCUUUGCUUUCGUUUUGAACCUCGCUUGUAAUCUCCUGAAAUCUCUAGGUCUCUGUGCUGGGCUGCCACUGUGAUUCGGCUUUUUCAAGUAGGUGCCAUAUUUGUUUGUAUUCUCUUUGCACUAUUUGCAUGCUCUUUUAAAGCCAGCUUACUGUGUACAUCUCAGGUGCCCAUUGGUACGUCCGUCCUCUGCUGUUCUUCAGGAAAGCAAUGGUCUCACCUAUUUGAAACAAGCCCUGAGUACAAACACAGAAAACUCUGAGUGUAAACAUCUGCUCCUCAAUAAAGAAAUGAACCUCUU